AAGUUAGCAGACGACGUUAGCAGACGACGGAACCGUUGAAGCGCAGUUCAGCAUGGCGGAGGGAAUAGAAAGUGAGAAAAGUGCAGGAAUGUCGUUGUACCAUGAACUGGGAACAGUUCUUCUUGCGCCUCCUUAUUCACCAGAGCCUGAUGACGAUAGCGGGAACGAUUUCGAGGAAGAUGUGCUGUCCUUCGCGAACGCCUUCCUAGCGUUUCUUCCCUCUGAACUGAGACCAAAAGUAGAGGGGUUCGUCGAAGAUAAAGUGCAGUCGUACAGUGAUGAAGAGUUCAGGAGGAACUUUCGGUUAAGGCGGGACGUCUGUGAAACAUUGGUAGCAGGGUUCGCCGCAUCAGACGUCUACCCGAUGAGCCUCACACACGGUGGAGCCACACCGAAAACGCCGGAAUGCCACGUUCUGUCAUUUCUGUGGUAUGCUGGCAACAAGUCAUCAAUCAGGGACGUGGCUGGACGCUUCGGUGUGAGUGAGAGUUGCCGGCAUUCCAUGCUAACACGAGUAAUGACUUACUUGUGCCAGAUUGCACACAGAGUCAUCUGCUUCCCUGAACAUCUGGAGGGCAUGGCUCAAGAAUUUGAGAAAAUACCUGGAUUUCAUGGGGUCAUUGGCUGCAUUGAUGGCACUUUCAUACCAAUCCGGUGUCCUGCGCACAAGCCCCGUGUCACGUACGUCAACCGGCACGUCAUGAUCUCACUGACACUCCAGGGAAUUUGUGACAACCGCCGCCGUUUUCUGGACGUGUCAACAGGCUUUCCCAGCAAGAUCCAUGAUGGGAGAGUCCUCACACUGUCCAACAUAUCAAAACGUCUGCCUUCCCUAUGUGAUGGUGGCAGGUACCACAUUCUUGGUGACGCUGCUUAUCCUUGCAGGGAAUACCUUAUAACUCCAUAUAAGGACUAUGGAAACCUGACUGAAGCGCAGUCGACAUUUAACAUGAAGCUGUGUGUCACAAGAGUGCUCAUUGAGAACACCUUUCGCAUUCUAAAGCAAAACUUUCGGCAGCUAAAGGACGUAGAAUUUUUUUCAGUGGAGAGGAUGUGUCAGUUGAUCAUGUCGUGCUGCGUUGUACACAAUUUGUGCAUCGAUGCUAAUGACCUCAUGGAGGAGAGUCUCCAGGAGAGCCAAGAAGAUCUGGACCCUGGAGAUGGAGACGUCGGGGAGGAGCAAACUGCGCUGCGCAACCUUGGUGAAUUGAAGCGUCAGUGGCUGGUGAACAUGGUAGCACAAUAAAUUUGCUGCAGGGGCUCUCACACUGUUUGACCCUUCUGACCCUGUCGGCACUUCGUGUGAUGUGGAAGGCAGUGUACCACGUUCUAUGGUAGCAUCACAGGGAGGCACUUUUCUCCUGACGUCACUAACAUUCCAUAUUACUUGUGGCUGUAUACUAUCGUCUGCUUGGCGUAUCUGCUCCAAUUCCCUUUCAUAUGGCACAGCUUGCCUGCUUCGGCCAGAUGUCCUGUUAUUAUCUAUUGCCUUUUUUUUCGUACUCAUUACUGUCUUAAUUCUUACGUCACACUGGUUUGGCGUUUUUGUUGUGUUAAGAAUCCUGUUUAAUUCGUGGGAUAUUGACUCAAACAUUUGCUUUUUGUUUUUGAACUUUUUGUAUGGACCUAUCUGUGUACUAUAACGGCUGUAUAAGUCCAUCAAUAACAUUGUCUCUCCGUCUGUCCAUUUUGAUGCUGAAAGAAAAAAAAGCAAAUGUUACAUUUUCACUGCACCUCUACUUCAUAAUGAAGUUGUGUAAAGUCGUAAUCAAGUUAAAACACCUUGUAGGGGGUUCA